AUGCAGAAUUAUAUACACAUGUUCAUGGUCAUUAUCUACUUCAAUGAUACUAAAAUUGACCAUACACAAUCUCUUGGGUUCUUCUUAGAAGAAUUUUCGAAAAUCUCUCAAUUAAAGGGAAGACAAUUGUGGUUUGAGAAAAUUUUUAAAAUGAUGUAUUUCAUGAUUACUGCAUUUAUAAAACGUACUAUUGCUAUUAAUACUUCUUACAAAUGUAUUAUUGAAAUGAAUUCAAAUGGCAAUGAUUAUUUUGAAUUUUUUAUGAUUAUUUACGGUAAACUUGUUGUAUUUUAUCAUAACUAA